AUGGCUUCUACUGGCAAUGAGUUUUAUGCGCUUAUGCUUGUGGUGGUGGUUAGCUCCAUGGUGGCUGCAUGUGGUGCUAACUUCUUCCAAGACUUUGAUCUAACAUGGGGUGAUCACCGUGCUAAGAUAUUGGGUGGUGGUCAGCUUCUAUCUCUUUCCCUGGACAAAGUCUCUGGCUCUGGCUUCCAAUCCAAGAAAGAGUACCUAUUUGGGAGGAUCGAUAUGCAGCUCAAACUCGUUGCUGGCAACUCUGCUGGCACUGUCACUGCUUACUACUUGUCAUCUCAAGGGCCAACUCAUGAUGAGAUUGAUUUUGAAUUCUUGGGAAACGUGAGCGGUGACCCCUACAUUCUCCACACAAACGUGUUUACCCAAGGCCAAGGGAACAGAGAGCAACAGUUCUACCUCUGGUUCGAUCCCACCAGGAACUUCCACACUUACUCCAUCAUCUGGAAGCCCCAACACAUUAUCUUCUUGGUCGAUAACAUUCCAAUAAGGGUGUUCAAGAAUGCAGAGACAAUUGGUGUCCCUUUCCCAAAGAACCAGCCCAUGAGAAUCUAUUCUAGCCUGUGGAAUGCAGAUGACUGGGCAACCAGAGGUGGUUUGGUGAAAACUGAUUGGUCCAAGGCACCAUUUACAGCAUACUACCGCAAUUUCAAAGCCACAGAGUUCUCCGUGUCUUCCAAUUCGUUCUCCGAUGGUGCACGGCAGACCACCGAGCUUGAUGCCUAUGGCAGAAGAAGACUGAGAUGGGUUCAGAAGUACUUCAUGAUCUAUAACUACUGCAACGACCUUAAGCGAUUCCCACAAGGCCUUCCCGUUGAGUGCAAGCGCUGA